AUGCCAUCUCGACGACAACCUAGCAAGCAGAAUAAGCAUGUUUGCACUUAUCCUCAUUGCGGCUGGAGCUUCAAGCGAUACGAACAUUUGAAGCGACACAUGCUGGUGCACACCGGCGAGCGACCACACGCCUGUCCGUAUCCUGGCUGUGGUAAGCGUUUCAGUCGGUCUGACAAUUUCCAUGCGCACUAUCGGACACAC